AUGUCAAAUAAAUUUUACGCUGUGCCAGAGUUGAUUAAUAAAUUUUGUCAAAAUCAUAGUAAUUUGUUGUUGUUUAGAGUGUAGUAAUUAUUGUUUAGUAGUGUUUCAUCAAAAAUGAUGACGUUUCAUAAAAUUUUACUAACAAUGGUAUUUGAGAUAUAACUAUCGAUUAAGUUAGUAUUUAAAACUCCCGUCUAUAUUAAAUAAAAUAAGAAAAAAUGACGAGUGAUCGUGAACGUAGUCGUCACUGCAGCACAGAGAAACAUCGAAGUCGCAGCCGUGAUAGGUAUCGUAGCGGCAGUCGUAAGCGUCGUAGUCGAAGCCGAGACAAACAACGUAGUGGAAGUCGAGAUAGACAUCGUAGUCUAAGUCGAGAUAAACAUCGCAGUCGAAGCCGUGAUAAACAUCGUAGUCGAAGUGGAGAUAAACAUCGUAGUCGAAGUCGAGAUAGACAUCGUAGUCUAAGUCGAGAUAAACAUCGCAGUCGAAGCCGUGAUCAACAUCGUAGUCGAAGUCGAGAUAAACAUCGUAGUCGAAGCCGUAAUAGAUAUCAUAGUCGAAGUCGAGAUAGACAUCGUAGUCUAAGUCGAGAUAAACAUCGCAGUCGAAGCCGUGAUAAACAUCGUAGUCGAAGUGGAGAUAAACAUCGUAGUCGAAGUCGAGAUAGACAUCGUAGUCUAAGUCGAGAUAAACAUCGCAGUCGAAGCCGUGAUCAACAUCGUAGUCGAAGUCGAGAUAAACAUCGUAGUCGAAGCCGUAAUAGAUAUCAUAGUCGAAGUCGAGAUAAACAUCGUAGUCGAAGUCGAGAUAAACAUCGUAGUCGAAGCCGUGAUAGACAUUGUAGUAGAAGCCGGGACAAAAUUAAACGAGAACCCAGUAGCGACCGUCACAGGAAUCGAAGCAAGGAACGGCGUACUGAGAACAACAUAACCAGUCACAAAGAGGACAGUAGAGAAAAUGUACCACAGUAUCACAGUCAUGAACGUGGUCGUAGCUCUUACAGAGACUUCAAUAGUGAUUUUGGUGGGCUCGGUGGAGGUAUGUAUGAAUGUCAUUUUUCUCUACCAAAUGAAAUGCUGCUACAGUAUGAUAAUUAACUUCAUUAUAAACCUGGUUGGAAAAUUAUAUUUCCAUCAAUCAGACCUUACUUUUUAAUAUUUAUAAAACUGAAGUGAGAAACAAAAUAAUAGUGCAUCUGAUGGUAAGAGGCUACUUACUACAGUUAUGGAUACCUACAGCCAACUUGAAAGAAAGGAGGCUACUAAAUGUGUAAUGCCUCAUAGCCUGUCAUUAUACUCUUUACUGCUUAUUUAAAAAAAACAGUUACAUACAUAAAUUUCACAAGGACAAACAUUCAGACUCGGAACAAUUAUUUGUAGCCAUACAAAUACUAUUACAUUCCAUGCUGGAUUAAAACCCACAGCUCUCAGUGCUGCAACUCAUAGCUAAGCCACUGCACUACGGAGCCAUCAAACUCAUACAUAUCUAUACUCUUCAGACUAUACAGUAAUGCAAGCACUGCUCGUGAAAGAAAUGGAUGAGAGUGAUGCCGACCUAUAUACCUACCAUUAUUCCUAUGGACGAUAAGAAGUCCUAUCACCUUGAAAUGCUUUAAUAUAGUAUAUAUUAAUUUUAGCUUUAAUGUAAUAUAUAAUAUCUCUUAGAAAUAACUUACACAUGUGGCACUAUAAUAUGAAGGGCACAGGAAAAGAAGGAGCUCAUUAACAUUCUCAUUGUUUCGAGUAAUUAAAGAAUUAAACCUAAAAUUUCAAUUUCUACACUUACAACUCUACUAGAAUAUGAUUUGUACCCAUAUAACAAAAGGAACAGUGUAUAUUUAACAUAAUAUAUUGUUAUUUUAAAAGAUUGGGUUGGUAAAUAAACAAUAGUUUGUAAUUUAAUUACCUAACUCCCAAAUGUAAAAGGCUCAUUGUCACAAUGAUCUCCUUUUUACAUUUAACAAAUUAAUUGGUGAUCAUAAACAAUGUCUAAUUACAUAAACACACUAAUGAAAUAAAAUACAAUACAAAUUAGUAUGAAAUUUAUUUGUGGGGUAAGUUAAUAUAUUCAGGUAAAAUUAAUUUUAAAGAUGAAAAAAGAACCGGGGCCCUACAAACAGCAGUAACGGCAGAAAAUGUAUGAGCUACUGAAAUGUUGGUGCAAGAGGACCCACGAAUCACAUAUACGGACAUCGAAAAGAUUGUAGGCAUUAGUUCGGGCAGCAUUCAUACCAUCCUACAUCAACAUCUUGAAGUGAGGAAGCUUUGUUGUCGAUGGAUCCCUCGUUUGUUCUCCGAAAGCGAAAAACAGACUCCUGUCGAUUGGUGCCAUGAAAUGCGUCUAUGUUUUGAAAACGGGGCAUCUAGGCGUGUUUCAGAAAUCGUUAUUGGUGACGAGACAUGGAUCUAUCAAUAUGAACCGGAAAAUAAAAGGCAAUCAUCAUUUUUCGCGGAGCGGACAUUUGUCGACGUCAAUGCUGGAUAAUUGUAGGUCAGUCAACUCUGAAUGGUAUACUACAGUUGCAUUACCCAAAGCUUUUCAAGCUGUGUGGGAGGAAUACCAAAGACCGGGCUUCAGGGAAUCAUGCUGCAUCACGACAAUGCCUCUUAACAUACCUCCCUUAGAACAAAAGCAUUUAUUGAGGAAUCUGGUGUUGAAGCCGUGGCUGCCUACGAAGAAGCGAUUUCCGCCCUGGCAGAUCAAGACUUACAAAAGUGUUUUCAGAGUUGACUUACGCGAAUGGAACUUUGUAUAGAGCAUGAUGGAGAAUAUUUUGAAGAGAUGUAAAAUAAAUAUUAAUAAUAUCUAGAAUACUUUUCGUAUAUCUUAAAACUUAUUGAGUGUCCUAGAUAUUAUUGUCCAUUUUGAGAUAAAUAAGCAAAAACUUUUAAAACUUAAUGUACACUAAAGGAGUCGUAAAAUUUAUGCAAGGAAGCUUAUCUGGCAGUUGUCAUUGGUAUGACAAAAUAAUACAGAUGGCUGACUAUGAGCGCGUUUUCUUUUACAAUCGCUGCGAUCAGCCCGUUCUAGCGUGGUUUCAUAGACAAUGGGCACCUUUUUACGCGGUAUAGAAUGCAAUGAGCGUGUUUUAUCCUGAAGUACAUUUUUAUUCAAUUCACUUUACACAAAAUCGGCGCCUUUUAUCGUGUUUAAAAUAAUGUGCUCUGAUUGGCCAUAGAAAACGAAGUAAAAUGGUAUAGUUCAUUCCAAAAAAGUAAAAUUGUCAAUGAGCUCCUUUGUUCCCUGUGCCCUUCAUAUGCUAUGUAGGUAAAUGCUUCCAAAACAUAAAAAAUUGUGAGGAUUGGCCAGGAGGAUAUGAUUUUGAACCGAAUAUGAAGUCAAGAUAUGUUUUCAUAAAAUAUAGUAGGUUACCUAAUUAUUCUUAUGUUAUAGGUCUAGGCAGUUGUGGACCUGGACCAAAAGGCAGAUACAAACCACAAGAGGAGGAGUUCUUAGAUGCAAGACGUGAGGAAAGGGAGAGAAUAGGACAAAUUGGUGUUUCCUCAGUUUGGGGAAAGUCACCUUUAAGACCUGAUUCUGAUGAAGAGCCUUCACAACCAAGUAACUCUGAAAAGAAGAAAGAGAAGAAAAAGUCCAAGAAGUCGAAGGACAAAGAGGACAC